CUCCCUUAGCGGUUGCCGCCGCCGGAGACGGUUGGAAGAACCGUUGUGGGAGCGCUGCACGAGGCGGGCGACUUCUCCCUGCUCACGACCGGACCUCGCGAGCACCGGAGUCGGGGCUACUUCGCCCGACAGGGUAUCUGAAGUAAAAGGGGCAUUUAAAUCAAACGGUAUUGAGAUGGAUUGGGUUAUGAAACAUAAUGGUCCAAAUGACGCUAGUGAUGGGACAGUACGACUUCGUGGACUGCCAUUUGGUUGCAGCAAAGAGGAAAUAGUUCAGUUCUUUCAAGGGUUGGAAAUCGUGCCAAAUGGGAUAACAUUGACGAUGGACUACCAGGGGAGAAGCACAGGGGAGGCCUUCGUGCAGUUUGCUUCAAAGGAGAUAGCAGAAAAUGCUCUGGGGAAACACAAGGAAAGAAUAGGGCACAGGUAUAUUGAGAUCUUCAGAAGUAGCAGGAGUGAAAUCAAAGGAUUUUAUGAUCCACCAAGAAGAUUGCUGGGCCAGCGACCGGGACCAUAUGAUAGACCAAUAGGAGGAAGAGGGGGUUAUUAUGGAGCUGGGCGUGGAAGUAUGUAUGACAGAAUGCGACGAGGAGGUGAUGGAUAUGAUGGUGGUUAUGGAGGUUUUGAUGACUAUGGUGGCUAUAAUAAUUAUGGCUAUGGAAAUGAUGGCUUUGAUGACAGAAUGAGAGAUGGAAGAGGUAUGGGAGGACAUGGCUAUGGUGGAGCUGGUGAUGCAAGCUCAGGUUUUCAUGGUGGUCAUUUUGUACAUAUGAGGGGAUUACCUUUCCGUGCAACUGAAAAUGACAUUGCUAAUUUUUUCUCACCACUAAAUCCAAUCCGAGUGCAUAUUGAUAUUGGAGCUGAUGGCAGAGCAACAGGAGAAGCAGAUGUAGAGUUUGUGACACAUGAAGAUGCAGUAGCUGCCAUGUCUAAAGAUAAGAAUAACAUGCAACAUCGAUACAUUGAACUCUUCUUGAAUUCAACUCCUGGAGGCGGCUCUGGAAUGGGAGGUUCUGGAAUGGGAGCCUAUGGCAGAGAUGGAAUGGAUAAUCAGGGAGGCUAUGGAUCUGUUGGAAGAAUGGGAAUGGGGAACAAUUACAGUGGAGGAUACGGUACUCCUGAUGGCCUGGGUGGUUAUGGCCGUGGUGGUGGAGGCAGUGGCGGUUACUAUGGGCAAGGUGGCAUGAGUGGAGGUGGAUGGCGUGGGAUGUACUGAAGCAUAACCACCGAUACAGAAGUCCUGACAACAGCAUCUGGUCUACUAGACUUUCUUACAGAUUUAAUUUCUUUUGUAUUUUAAGAACUUUAUAAUGACUGAAGGAAUGUGUUUUCAAACUAUUAUUUGGUAAAGCAACAGAUUGUGAUGGGAAAAUCUGUUUUCUGUAGGUUUUAUUUGUUGCAUACUUUGACUUAAAAAAAUAAAUUUUUAUAUUCAAACCA